AGUACCACUGAGCCCUUCAUCCGAUCCAGCCAAUAAAAAUAAUAUGAUUGCGUGUAACCAGGCAUUGCAUUGCCGACUAGCAGAGAACCAGCGGGAAAUACAAGAUCUGAAAGAGAUAGUUCAUCAUUUCAGCUUCAUCCUCCACCAAGAGGAAAACAAUUAUGGUGAGGGCCAAGAGGUGAUUCAAUCCAGGCUAAGGGAGAAGCCAGCACUUGGAACUCCACAGCUUGAGAAGCUGGCACCUGCUGAGUUCAAGAAAUGCCAUGUAAAUAAGGCACGCACCCGCAAGCGGCGCCGGCUACGUAAGAAGUCAAGAAAACAGACACAGAUUUGUCAUCUCAGCCUACAUCCCAGGGCCCUCCUCACCCAGCAUGACCCUGACAGCCGCCACACAUGGGGCUUGCUGGAGCCACUGGUUGUUCAUGUCAGGCUGGAAAAGCAUCUUGUCUACAAAUGUAGCCUGGCAAAAGAAAUGACGCAAAUGAAGGGUGGUUGCUGGGACUUAAUCUGCCCCAGCAGGAUCAGUGGGUGCUUUCCACCUCAAGUAGAGCCUGAGUUGGUACCAGGGCUGAUCAUGGGUGAAUAUUGUUGGUGCAUCAUCAUGAAAGCCACGCUGGUUAUGCAGCAGCGUUAUCCUGGUGGUGGCUGGACGAUAGUGCUGGAAGAGUACUCGUGGUGCACAAGGUUUGGAGUCUAUGGGAAUUCCCUUGAGGACAGAGUGCCACAUGAAGCCAAACCUGCAUUGUGUGAAAACCGAUCUCUAGCUGAAGGGCAUCGCAUCAUGGCAUGCACACACCUUGCAGAUGCACCUUACAUGUGGCAUGCCUCCUGGGGGGACAAGCUGGAAAUACUGUUCCAGGCCUGGGCCAGGGUCCAGCAGCCCUUAGCCCAGCAGUCCAUCCACUGGAUAGAGGCCAUUGAGGGGUAUGAUACCUCCUCCCAAAAGGAUGAAGUGGUAUCUGCAGACAGAGCUGAGGUUAUUAUCCCCAGGGUGUGUGGAGAUCCACCCCCACUGGAAGGGCCAGAUACCAUCGUGCCCAUCCUGAAGGAAGAUGAAUCCUACCUGCUCUGUGGAUUUUGGGCUGAUGAGCCUGAAGCACCAGCCCAGGCCUGGUCUGAGACUGUGAAAUGUACAAUCCAGCAGCCCCUCUGCUGUGCUGAGGCCAUUGUGGUGAAAGAUGCCACCUACCAAAAAGAGAAAGUCAUGUUGGCAACUGCUGAUUGGGCUGAGGCUACCUCCAGGGUGAGUGGAGAUCCACCCCCACUGGAAGGGCCAGAUGCCAUCGUGCCCAUCCUCAAGGAUGAUGGGUCCUACAUGCUCUGUGCAUAUUGGGCUGAUGAGCCUGAAGCCCCAGUCCAGGCCUGGGCUGGGGCCCUGCACCCUAUAAUCCAGCAGCCCAUCUGCUGUGCGGAGGCCAUUGUGGUGGAAGAUGCCUCCAGCCAGAAGGAGAAAAUAGAGGUGGCAUCUGCAGAGCAGACUGAGGCCACACCCAGGGUGUGUGGAGAUCCACCCCCACUGGAAGGGCCAGAUGUCAUCGUGCCUAUCCUCAAGGAUGAUGGAUCCUAUGUGCUCUGUGCAUAUUGGGCAGAUGAGCCUGAAGCACCAGCCCAGGUCUGGGCUGAGGCCUGGCAUGCAAAAACCCAGCAGUCCAUCUGCUGUGCUGAGGCUUUUUGGGUGCUAAGAACUUCCUCUGGUGGAUACCAUGAAACCUGACUCUGUUCAUUCCAGA